AUGCCCAGGAAAACCACUAACUUGUACUCUCUUCCACGAGGGGUGAUUCGUGCUUCCUGGAACAAAUGGAACUUGUUCAAUCUAUACAAGCAGCAAAGGUUUAGGGAUAACCAAAAGACCCUUUUCAAGGAGAAAUGGUCUGCAAAAAACAUGACAAGAGCUUACCAUGGUGAGCACAUAACAGAGUCCAAGUGGAAGGCCUUGUUCACACCACAGUUGGAUGGUGUUGCCCAGCUGGAUGCUUCGUUAAAGGGAGAUAGACUCAAGCCAACCCCCAUGAUGUUGCAAACAUAUGCUGUGCUGGAAAGAAGAUUGGAGUAUGCCGUUUUCAGGGCCAUGUUCGCCAGUUCCGUGAGACAGGCGAGACAGUUCAUUAUACAAAAGGCUGUUAAAGUGAACGGAGUUACCAUCAGGCAUCCUUCCUACCAACUGAAGCCGAAUGACGUUUUUUCUGUUGAUCCUGAAAAGGUGCUGCAGGCUGUUGGAAGAACCAAGCCCAGUUUCAAGAAGGCCCACCAGGUUGACCAGACUCAAAUAGUGAAGUGGAACAACUUUGUCAAAGAGGCCAAGGCAAAUCCAAGACAGGUCUGGGAGAGGCUCCAGAAGAAACGCCAAGAUGCUCAGAGAUCAGGGCCCUCUACGAAGUUUGGAAACGAUCAGGUUUUCUCCAACGAGGUCAUUUUGGCCAAGAUCGAGAAGAUCAACGAGAACAAUCUGAAGGAGAUGCGUGCUAAGCAAAAGGCCGUCGACAAGUUCUCCGUUCUGGAGGACAUUGUGAAGGCCGUUCAGAAGUCAGAGACCAUUGAAAGUGCGAUUUUUGAACCCCAGUUCGGUAACCUGAAGAACAAGUGCUACCAAGUUUACGACUAUUUGGGAGAAAAACAUGAGUUGUUCAACAAAGAUUCUGUCUCCGUGAAGGAUACCGUCUCUGCCUUCUUGAAUGUGAAGCCAGAGGAUAGGAACGCUGAUGAGCUCAAGAAGUUCAAGAAAGUCAAGCAAUUGUUGUCUGAGAUCAGUCUGGAUUACCAGGAGCUGAUCAGAGUUUCGUUCAAGAACAAGGAAAUCUCCAAGGACUCAAAGGAUGUAUCCUACAACCCAAACUGGGCUGACAACCUUGAAUUUCACCCCAAUAUUGCAAAAUUCUCCGAGAUCGAAGAUGAAUCCUCGGUCAAGGUGGCUCUUCCAUGGCAAAAGGGUGUGUUUGGGAGACAGAAUCCAAACAAGUCAUACUUCACUCCUUGGGAGCCAAGACCAUUCCUGGCACCAUUUGCGGUAUUACCACAUCACUUGGAGAUCUCUUUCAAGACUUGCCAUGCUGUGUACCUGAGGCAUCCAGUUGCCAGACCAGGCCACAGUGAGGUUAUCUCGCCAUACAGUGUUGAGACUCACGAACGUGCUUACAUGUACUAUGUCAGAAAGGGCCAGUGA